UGUAUGUUACGUCAGUUACGGUUGCUGCGCAGUUCGUCAGUCAGAUCCUGCAACGGGAGGCCCGAGACCAGCUACGCAAAACAUUAGCUACUGCACCAACGCAGCCUGUCAAAACUCAUAUCUUUUUAUAUUUUACAUUGACCAAAUAGACAUCUGUCUAUCGCAUGCAUGCGUGCUCUUUAUCAGCGUGCAGUUCGCGCAAGUUGACCCGCUUUAACAUCAGUCUCAUUAGCAUGGUUAGCAUGCUAACCUUAUGACAGAGUGCACUCGAGUGUCUUGAGGUGCACCAAACGACAAGAAAUCAUCACAAACGGCUGUGAGGUCACUCAAGGUCAUCAGCAGGGGCGCAGUGGAUAAGUGCGGUUCUGACACAGAGGAAUGAGUCAUGACCUCUGUGGUGAUUGUAGAUGGUGGAGGGAAUAUAUUGGAGUAUGUCGCUGGAGAUGAGGAAGCUCAGCAGGAGAUUUGUCCUGAUGGGGUGGAGGCUGACGGAGAGAAGGCCUGCCCUGCAGUGAUAGUGGAGCAGGUGAAUAGUGCUGAUGUGGAGCAGUGUUAUGCUGCUCAGGUGUUAGUCUAUGAUGAUCAGAAUACCUACCUGGUGCAGGAUGUGGCUGAGGAACAGGUUGUGGAGACUGAGUUGCAAGAGAUGGCAACAGUGGAGGUCUCUGUGCAUGAUAAAACUGUUGAAGCAGCUGAAGCUCUGCUGCACAUGGAUUCACCGGCCAGCUUGCAGGGCGAUCGCAGCACAGAGGAGCUUUUUUCUGAGGUGGAGGUUGAAGUGAGAACAGAGGAUAUGGGACCCGUUGCCAAGGAUAUUGUUGUCCUGCAGGAGACCGAUUUACUGAAGAAGAAAAAAAGAGCAGGACGAAAACCCAGAACUCCACGGAGUUUCUGUGAUGGUUCUCUGGAUAUGGUCUAUAAGAGGAAAUCAAAAGACAGCAAGGGCUCAACUACUUACCUGUGGGAGUUCCUACUGGACCUUCUGCAGGACAAGGAAACCUGUCCAAAGUACAUUAAGUGGACUCAGAAAGAGAAGGGCAUAUUCAAGCUUGUGGACUCCAAAGCGGUGUCUAAAUUAUGGGGCAGACAUAAGAAUAAACCUGACAUGAACUAUGAGACAAUGGGGAGAGCACUCAGGUAUUACUAUCAGCGGGGCAUUUUAUCAAAAGUGGAAGGCCAAAGACUUGUGUAUCAGUUUAAGGAGAUGCCCAAAGACAUUGUUUUCAUAGAUGAUGACAAUAUGGACGACAGCAUUGACGAAGGAAAAAGAGAAAGCCCAGCUGCAUCCAAUCGCAGCAAUUCAAAAGGCAAAGGGACUCCAGUCUCUCCCUCUACUGCUGUACCUAAAAUCAUCAAUCUAAUCUCAGGACAAGAUGCCUUUAUGACUGUGCAACAGUCGCCAGACAACAUGGCGACAGCCCCCGGGACAGUGAGGCUUGCCAUGCAGGUUCCUGUACUCAUGACAACACGGGGUCAGAAAAUCUCCACAGUAACUGUCAACUCUCCCACCGGCCGCUCGCCGAUCCUCCCUGCGCCCAACUCAGUCGCUGGGGGUAACAGCGCAGGCAAAGUGGUUCUCCAGGCCAUGCCAACGCUAGUGCCUGCUCAGGGCCAAAGCGGUGAGAGGAUCACCUUGCAGCUCAUCACCCUUCCCACCAUGCCUGGCAAACCUGGCACUCCCAUCACUCUGAGUACACUCUCCCCCGUCACCGUGUCUACCAGCAAUGCCCAAGUCCUGAAGCUCGCCGUCCCCUCCAACAUCUCCACGACCGCCUCCACAGCUCCUGUAACUGUGGUGACCUCGCAGCCAGGAGUGACUGUGGUGCCGAACGCACAGCCAGCGAUGUCUUUACAGGAUGUGACUAUUAUUAAGGUUGAAACUCCUGAGGUUUCCGUGGAUCAUACCGUUAACAUGGCUGUGGAGAACACACCGAGCACAGAGAUGAACCCCAUGACCACACUGAGCUGAGCAAACUUCAAAUAUCACUGCAUUCAUUCACAGGAACCGACAUCAAUGCUUGUGACACAGAUGCAAAUAAAACAAGUGAUGUGAAGAGUGGCUGUCUCUUAUUUGAAACGGAUGAAACCAGCACUACAGCUCAGACGCUUGUUCACGCCCAACAAUAUAACCACCGUGUGUAGCCUAAGCCUGGGUUAGACUUUUCUUUCUUUUAUUACUUAAAUGUAUCUAUUCAAAUAACGCUUUGUUAUAGCAUACCAUCUGUGCUGUGAUGCUGUAGGAACGAACCUCACUUGGUGCUAAAGACUGAGAGGAAGUCACAUGGGUGAAGAGAAACAGCCAAGAUUUUGAUCACCUGGUAAUUUGGAGCAUAAAAUAAUCUGUGCAUAGACAUACAAUUGCGGUAGUUAAUGAUAAUAAAACAAACAGCCUUAGGUCAGCUUUUUCCUCCUAGAUCAUUACUAAAAGUAACUGAUUGUGCUUUGUGUAAAUAUGAGACUUUUUUUUGUUGUUGCUAUUUUGUACCAAGAAGUGUUUUUUUUUUUUACAGUUCAAAGGAAACUGUUUUCUGAAGGACAUUCAGAUGUUUUUUUCUGUCAUUUCAGACUUUUUAAAUAAUUUUCUUUCUGUGCAUCUAUCACUGUUUUCUGUAUCAUGCAUUCACUGCUUUGUAUUUUGCAGAUCAUUUUUUUCACAUGUACAAAAAAGGGAAAGAAUGUCUGAUACAGUAUAUUGAAUAUUCAAUAUAUGAAGCAUAUAUUUUGUUGUAUUCUUACCCUAAAGUUGUAUCCAAGUAGAUUUAAAUAUAGAGAAUUA